AUGUUGAAGGCUCAAGAAAUUAAUUGGUCUAAAUACUGUAUUGAUAUCGAGGAUGUGAUGACAUUAUCAUCGCUUUCACUUGAAAUCAUUCGUAAUAAUUUCUUUGAUGAUAAUACCUUUCAUAUCAAUAUACCUAAUAGAAACCAAGAUAUUUUUAUUAGGCGUAGCUAUUAUGGUGGUCAUGUUGAUGUCUAUAAGCCCUAUGGUGAGAAUCUUUACUAUUAUGAUGUGAACUCUUUAUAUCCAUUUAUUAUGAAAUCCUAUCCUAUUCCUUGUGCUAUACCAGUUUGGAAGAAGAAUUUGAAGAGCGUUGGAUUGGAUAGCUUGUUUGGCUUUAUUGACGCCUGUGUUGUAUGUCCUACUAAUAUAUCGUGUCCAUUCUUGCCCUAUAAAGAUCAAUCUGAGUUGAAGUUUGCGCGUGAUUUAUGUUAUCGUGUAAUCCCUCUUAGGGGUUAUUUGUUUGAGAAGAAGUCAAGUCCUUUCGAAGGUUGCAUCUCAAACCUCUAUAAAAGCAGACUCGAAGCCAAGAAAGCUAGUGAUGAAGCUAUGACAUUUAUUUAUAAGAUUCUAAUGAACUCCCUCUAUGGUAGAUUGGGUAUGAAUCCUGAAAUCACUUACAUUAGCAAUAAUAGCCUUGCUGAGGACGAUGACUGGAAACCUCCUAAGAUGUCUGUUGUUCAAUUAUCUGCAGCUAUAACGGCAUGUGCUCGUAUUCAUAUGUAUCCAUACAUUUCCAGACAAGAUUCUUACUAUACUGAUACUGACUCCAUAGUUCUAGGAAGUUCUCUUCCUGAGAACAAUAUCUCUUCCAUUGAAUUGGCACCUAAAAGUUAUAUGUUAGACAUAGAAGAUGAUAGGCAUAUAAUAAAACACAAAGGUCCUGCUAAAGAGUUAUUGACAUCUAAAUGGUUUAAAGACAUAUUAGCAGAUCAAUCUCUAAGAGAUCAGAUCCCAACUAUAGCGAAUUUUCGAAUAGAUUGGAAAAAACUCCAGAUUGGACGAAAAGUUAUACUAAUCAAGCUAGGACUACCACAGAGUACGAAAAGAGAUAUGUUUUAUGAUUCAAAUAAUAUAUGGAUAGACACACGACCUAUAGAUGUUAUAGAUUUAGGAAAUCAAGAUGCUAAUACUAUUUUAAAAUACGAAUUAUUCAAUAAAAAUAAAGAAUCAGUAAGGGAUGCGAGCAGGCAUUUUAAGAAUCCGUAA